UUUUUUUUUUUCCUUUUUCGGAUUGCUCGGCUGUUGAGGACGAUGUCGAUGUUGUUGAGUGAGUCAUGUUGUACAUACAGUAGGUUGAGCCGCAUUAAGUAAGCGGGGCAUCUAGAGUAUGUUGGACAUCUACCCCACCUUCCGAACCUACAUAUAUAUAUGACAUUGACAGCCCCGCGCUGUUGCAUGCUCCUAAUAACCUACUACCUUAACAAGCUCGCUCUCAAAUUGUUUCCAAACCUUUAAUCUAUCAUUAUUUCCACACAACAACAACCCCCCUCCACAACACCCCCACCCACCCUCACCAUGGCCUCCACAAACCUCCAAGCCCACUACCCCUGGACAACCACAACCCCCUACACCCAAACCAAACCCCUCCUCGUCUCAGCCCCCAUGCACACGCUCGCCUCCCCCGCCCUCGCCCUCGCCGUCUCCGCCGCCGCUGGCAUCGGCUUCAUCGGCCCCGCGACCUCGCCCGCUGCGUGUGUUGCUAGACUCGAGGACGCGGAGGCGCGGCUGGCUACGGACGCCGCUUACGCAGACAUCCGACCCGACGCCCGCGCGCAGUAUAAGCUCCCCCUAGGCAUGGGCUUCCUGCUCUGGGACACAGACCUCGGCUCCGCAGAACAGGCCGUCACCCGCUUCCGCCCCGCAGCAGCAUGGCUCUUCGCGCCUCGCGGGGAAGCCGAAGGCGCGGACCCUAUCGCAGAGCUGCGGCGCUGGUCCCGCGCCCUCCGCGCCGCGGCGCCGGGGAUCCGCGUCUGGGUGCAGGUCGGGACGGUCAGGGAAGCUACUGCGCUGGCGUCUGCGACCGUGCCGGCAGAGGAGCGGCCGGACGUGCUCGUCCUACAGGGCACGGAGGCGGGCGGGCACGGAAGGGCUGUCGACGGCGCGCCGCUGAGCGUGCUUUUGCCUGAGGCGGGCGACGCGGUACGCGCGUCUGGCACGGGCGUUGCCGUCGCUGCGGCGGGCGGGGUCGCCGAUGGCCGUGGCGUGCUGGCCGCGCUGGCGCUGGGCGCGCAGGCGGUCGUGAUGGGAACGGCGUUCCUGGCCUCGCGCGAAGCGGACGUGCCAGAGGGGUACCGGGCGGCGGUUCUUACGGCGCGCGAGGGCGGGACCGGCACGGUGCGCACGCUGCUGUAUAACCACUUGCGGGGUGUGUAUGGCUGGCCGGCGGCGUAUAGUCCACGGGUCUUGGUCAAUCGCAGCUGGGUCGAGGCUGAGCGCGAGGGGGUGGAGUUUGAGGAGGUCAAGCGCAGGCAUGAUGAGUUGAGGGCGAAGGGGGGAGCGGACUCGGAGGAGGCGUGGGGGAGGGAGGGGCGGUUGGGCGUUUAUGCUGGGAUGGGGGUGGGGCUGGUGGGGGAGGUUAGGGGCGCGGGCGAGAUUGUGGUGGCUGUAAGGGAGGAGGCGAGGACGUUGGCGAGGGGGUUGGUGGAGGAAUUGGCGUAGUGUGGCGGGGUUAGGGAGGUGGGUGGCUUGUUUGUAGAUUGGGCUUUGGGGUUUGCUUGCAAAAUUUUUGAGUAUACGGCUUGUACUGUACAUAGGGCUUGUAGUAGCGAAGGUGUUUGUUUUGAGAAAGUUUGUACGGUGUCGAGCAACCUAAGCAGCCUCUUAGCU